AUUCAUAUGUUUUUAUUAACAUGGGCAAAUCAACAUGACCUAUUUAUCCUUGAGGUUUCAUGACUAAAGUUUGUAUUUGGUCUGAUAACAUGAUGUGUUUCUCACUGUCAUGAGACAAUUUCUUAAUGUUGUGAGGAGUUUCAUUUGAGGAAAUUGUGUUAAUGACUCGUCUUGUACUGUAAAUGUUGUGGCUAGAAGGGAUACAGCUACGGCCGGAAGUGAUGCAAAAUAUCGCCAUAAAAUUACAAUAAACUACAUUAGCUAACGCCUACACCUACACCUACCCCAACCCUAAACCUAACCUUACAAUAAAAAUUAUUUAUUGAAGUGCGCAUGCCCAGUGGCCGUAGCUGUAUCCCCUCUAGCUACAACCAUGGAAAUUUUCCAGCAUCACACGGGGUUCCGUCUGGCAGCCCACAUGAUGAAAUUCCUCUCAGCCAGCAGCGUAUUGAAAAGGCGUGUCUGAAAUUACCAGAGUAAUUCAGUGGCAUUCCAUUGGACGUUUGGACUCUCCGCCAGAAGCAGCUUUUUGAAUCACCCCGUGCGUAGCCAAUCAGAAGCCGUGUUUCACUACGUGGGCGUGUCUGAGGGUUUUUCUCGGCAUGACCGGCACCAGCUGCCUUUGCCGGCAUUUCUGUUUCACCGCCGACAGACGAGACGCUUCCGUCGUAUUUAUUUAUUUAUUGUCGUAAACUUUUAUAUUAUUUCGAAGAUGUUGUGCCUGUGCCUUUAUGUGCCUGUCCCGAAUUCCGAUCAUAUCGAAGUGGAGUAUUUUGAGUCGAAUGGAUUACCUUCCGAGCUGAAGUCGAUCUUUAAACUCAGUGUCCUUCUGCCGUCCCAGGAAUUCUCCACCUAUCAGAAAUGGAGAAAGAAAGCAUUGAAAACUGAAGAGAAAGAUCUCGAUGGGCAACUAGACUUUGAAGAGUUUGUUCACUACCUCCAAGACCACGAGAAAGAUCUGAAGCUCGUCUUCAAAAGCCUGGAUAGGAAAAAUGCAGGUCAGGUGAAUGCUGGAGACAUUGCGAGUUCACUUCGAGAUCUUGGCGUCCACAUUUCAUUGCAGCAGGCAGAGAGAGUCCUUAAAAGCAUGGACAAGAAUGGCACAAUGACCGUUGACUGGAAUGAAUGGAAGAAGAGUCCUUCACAACAGCCUGCCGAGAACAUUCCAGAAAUCAUCCUGUACUGGAAACACUCGACAAUCUUCGAUGUGGGUGAGAACCUCAUGGUUCCAGAUGAGUUCACCACAGAGGAGCACAUGACUGGAAUGUGGUGGAGACACCUGGUCGCUGGUGGAGGUGCUGGAGCCGUUUCUCGAUCCUUCACCGCCCCACUCGACCGACUCAAAGUCCUUAUGCAGGUGCACGGUUCCCAUAGCAACAACAUAUGUAUUGUGAACGGGCUCACACAGAUGAUCAAAGAAGGAGGGAUGCGGUCUUUAUGGAGGGGCAACGGUAUCAACGUCAUUAAAAUCGCCCCUGAAUCAGCCCUCAAGUUCAUGGCUUAUGAACAGAUCAAACGUCUGAUGGGCAGCAAUCGGGAAACUCUUGGGAUUGCAGAGCGUUUUGUAGCGGGUUCUCUGGCAGGAGUCAUUGCGCAGAGCACCAUCUACCCCAUGGAGGUUCUCAAAACUCGCCUGGCGUUAAGAAAGACGGGCCAGUACAAGGGCAUCUCCGACUGUGCCAGACAGAUCCUGCGGGGUGAGGGGGUCACAGCGUUCUACAAAGGCUACGUUCCCAACAUGCUGGGCAUCAUUCCGUACGCUGGCAUUGAUCUGGCGGUCUACGAGACAUUAAAGAACAACUGGCUUCAGCGUUACGGUACGGACAGUGCAGAUCCGGGCGUGUUUGUGCUUCUGGCCUGUGGUACCAUCUCCAGCACGUGCGGUCAGCUCGCCAGCUAUCCUCUUGCUCUCGUACGGACACGCAUCCAGGCACAAGCCGUGGUUGAGGGGGCAUCACAGGUCUCCAUGACGGGGCUAUUCAAACAGAUCAUAAAGACAGAGGGGCCGACGGGUCUCUACCGGGGUCUGACUCCAAACUUCCUGAAGGUCAUCCCUGCUGUCAGCAUCAGCUACGUCGUCUACGAGCACAUCAAGUCGACGUUAGGAGUGCAGUCAAGAUGAGGAACCUACGAAGGGCUAAAGGGACUAGAGACGUAAAUCUUUGGGUUUUGAACCUUAAGGUGUGGAAGCCGACUCAUUCUGUGAAUGUGAGAAAGUGGAGGAGAAGCUGUUUAUUAACAUGCACAAGUGAAAGUAUUUUACCAGGGGAACAGGAAGAAUCCUCCCUUAAAUUAUUUAUUUAUUAAGUGUUCUACAUCAUUAGAAAAGAGCCACUGUGUUCAAGUUUGAAUGUUUGAAAGCUGAAAUCAGGGACCAACUGCGCAACAGGUGCAGAUGUGUCCGACACUACAAACAAGUGUCAAGAUUUUACUGUGAAAUCUUGACAUGUCAUGCUGAACUUGCACUGCCCAGAAUAAUGCUGCUGUACUUUGACUGAAGUAAAAUAAAUAUAUAUAAAAAACCAGAUAUUUAUGUUGUGGCAUCUGGUGAUGUGUUUCUUAGCACUUUUCAUGAGCAUCUUAAAUGAAAACCAGUGUUUCCCAUCUGUUUAACAGGAUUCUACUUCUAUGAAACUCGGUUCUUUUUAUGAAUCUGCACACAUUGAAGUUCUUAGCUUUGCCUUAAUAUAAACGAAUGUCUGGUUGAUUUGAAGAAUUAAUGCACUUUGUCUUGGUCAAUGUUGAAUGGAAGCUUUAAGUGAUGACUGUAAACGUGUAACGUUCUUUAAUGGGUGUGAAUGUUCUGUAAUUGGCGACCAAAUGUUCCACUAAUAAAUGCACUUGUGCUCACUUGCAGUAUUGCUUGGGUUAAGGGCUUUCAUGUACACUAAUUAAAAUACAUGGAUGUUUGUGUUUAAGAGGUCAUGAUGUGAUUUAGAUUGUGAAAGCUGCUUUGAGACGGAUGUUCUCAGGAAGCGAGUGAUUGGAGUAUGUCAUUUUCAUUGUAAGAACAGUCCUGUUUUAGAUUAUUUCAAAACGUAAAUGAUUUAUUUUUUCAAUAAAAAAUGUAAUAUUAA